CAAGCUGAUUGGCCGAGGCCUAGCAAAGAGUGGCCGGGAAUCCAAAACCUGCAGGCCGCACUUAGCUUACCGUCAAAAAUAAACCAAAAUAAUAACAGACAAAUUCGUCAAGGGGGAGACUCACCGAUAGAGUCGGGAGACGAAGCUAUCAGGGUGAUUAAGCUUCAUGGAACAAAGCAGAUCAUCUAUCCAGUUGGUUUUAUUGUAAAUGUGUUAUUACUAAAUGUGAAGUUUUUUUACAAAGUGAAGACAUGGAUCAAGGAGGGGGAGUAUUGGAGCUGCACACCCAGGAGCUGAAGAUGCCCCAUGCUAUGAUCAUGCAAGAUUUUGUUGCAGGCAUGGGGGGUUUAGCUCACAUCGAUGGAGAGCACAUUGUGGUGUCAGUACCAGAGGGCAUGCUUCUGUCUGAUGUCAUGACGGACGAGGGGAUCCUCCUUGAGCAUGAAUUAGAGGUAGAGGGUCUGGAAACUCAAGUUGUUCAAGGCCUGGAAACCGAAGUGGUAGAAGGACUGGAGGCUGAAGUGGUUGAAGGUUUACAUGCAGACGUGGAAGGCUUGGAAGCUGAAGUUGUCGAAGGCCUUCAGACACACGUGGUGGAGUUGGAAGCUCAGGUUGUGGAAGGCCUGGAAGGAGAGGUUGAAGUUGAGGGUCUUGAGGCACACGUGGUUGAGGGCCUGGAAGCAGAGGUGGACGUUGAGGCCCUGGAAGCUCAUGUCGUCGAAGGCCUUGAGGAAGAAGUAGAAGUCCACGGCCUGGAAGCUGAUGGUGUUGAAGGACUGGAGGUGGAUGUAGUAGAAAGUCUGCAGGCUCAGGCUGUAGAGGCCCAUGAAAUGGAGAGUGAAGACAUGGUCCCCACUGGACACAGUGUGAUCAUGCCUGAUAAUAUCCUGGGGACAGAGGUUGCUAUAGAGGAGGCUUUGGAAGCUCAUCAUCACCACGUUCUUACAGCAGACCUUAUCCAAGACUCUAACCACGAUGACAUGCAAGACCAGGUGUUUGUGGCAGAGCUGCUGUCUGAACACCAGGAAAAUACGCUUGAUCACCAGUUGGUGUCGGAAGGGUUGAUGGUGGCGGAAGCCGGCGCAGAGACCAUAAUCCAUCAACAGCUGCCGACAGAAGAGGUUCCCCUGCAGACAGAUGAGGAUGAUGAUGCAAGAAGUAGCUCAGAGGAUUACCUCAUGAUCUCCCUUGAUGAGGUGGGAGAGAAGUUAGACAUAGGAGACACGCCUCUGGAGAUCAGCACAGAAGUUAUGGAAGACAAGGAAAUCAAAGAGGAAGAGGAGUCAGAAGUCAUUAAAGUCUACAUUUUUAAAGCUGAAGCAGAUGAUGAUUUAGGAGGAACAGAGGUAAUAACAGAAGAUGAUUACCAGAACGGCCAUCCUGAUCUAGAGGCAGCAUCAUCUGGCAGGUUGGGAGUUGGUCGGGACAAAAUGGUCUAUAUGGCAGUCAAGAACACUAUAAAGGAAGAGGAGGAGGAUGGGGAUGAUGAUGACGAUGAUGAAGAUGACGACCAGAGUGAUGAAGACGAUGACAGUGAUGAAAUUGGUAACACCAUUGAUCAGGUGAAGAAUGGAGUUUCUACCCCUUUUCUGCAAAUCCGAGAGGGACUGGGCGCAAACCGUACUCUCAAACCAAAACCUAAGAAGAACAAAAAAGGAGAUACGCGGCAGUGUCAGACUGCUGUCAUUAUUGGACCGGAUGGAAUGCCUCUGACCGUCUACCCCUGCUACAUCUGUGGAAAGAAGUUUCGAUCACGGGGAUUUCUCAAAUGUCAUAUGAAAAACCACCCAGACCAUCUGCUUAAGAAGAAGUACCAGUGUACAGACUGUGACUUUACAACCAACAAGAAGGUCAGUUUCCACAAUCACUUGGAGAGUCACAAACUUCUGAGCCACAACACUGAGCGAUCCCCAGAAUACACAGAGUACACGAGACGUUAUCAUGAGUCCAGCCCCCUGGGCUCCGAUAAGCUCAUCGUCAAGGACAGAGAGCCCAAACUUCAUCAUUGCAAAUACUGCGACUAUGAAACGGCCGAACAGGGGCUGCUCAACCGCCACUUGUUAGCGGUCCACAGUAAGAACUUUGCACACGUCUGUGUCGAGUGCGCCAAGGGCUUCCGCCACCCGUCAGAGCUUAAGAAACACAUGCGGACCCACACGGGGGAAAAACCCUACCAGUGUCCUCACUGCGAGUUCCGGUGCGCGGACCAGUCCAAUCUUAAGACUCACAUCAAGAGUAAGCAUGGAGCAGACCUGCCCUUUAAGUGCAGCCACUGCCCCCAGGCCUACGCCGACGCACGGGAACUUCAACGUCACAUAGAGAUGGUGCAAGGCCACAAGACCCACCAAUGUCCACACUGUGACCACAAGAGCACCAACUCCAGUGACCUUAAACGACACAUUAUUUCCGUUCACACCAAGGACUUCCCGCAUCAGUGCGACGUGUGUGAGAAGGGCUUUCACCGGCCCUCUGAGCUGAAGAAACACGCCGAGACACACAAAGGCAACAAGGUGCACCAGUGUCGACACUGCAACUUUAACGCCCCUGACACUUUCACCCUGAGUCGCCAUAUCCUGUCCUUGCACACUAAGGAUCUUCCCUUUAAGUGCAAGCGCUGCCGGCGAGGCUUUCGGCAGCCGGCUGAGCUGAAGAAGCACAUGAAGACGCACAGCGGUAGGAAGGUUUAUCAAUGCCAGUAUUGCGAGUACAACAGUACGGACGCUUCCGGCUUCAAACGCCAUGUCAUCUCAAUUCACACCAAGGACUACCCCCAUCGCUGCGAUUAUUGCACCAAGGGCUUUAGGAGGCCUUCAGAGAAGAGCCAGCACAUAGCCAGGCAUCACAAAGACAUGCUGAUGUAACAUCAUCACAUUAAAAAAAGAAAACAAACACCUUUCUCUAGUAAAUCUGUGUCUCUCAUCCACAGGUAAUUUUAGUGUAUUAACAGAGAACUGACUGAUAACAGGCAGUUGAUGAUCUAGUAAUUGUUGUUUUGUGUUGUAUUGGAUUUAAACCUCCUCUCUACGGAUGGAAAGACACAAAAAAAAUUUUUUAUAUUGAGUGAAGUCUGAAAAAGGACAGUGUAUAAUCUAAGUGGGAUGGCUGUAAAUUGUCUUUUGUUGCAGAAAAUCGCUUAUGAACAUAUAUUCAGGGUUUCAAAUGUCUAUAUUUUUUUAUACCCACUCAGCUAAAAAUGCUGCGAGAUGAUGACUCUGUCAGUGCUUUGUGAUCGUAAUGCUAGAUGUUAAAUUGGCGAAGGUUUGCCUCCACAGUACAGACUUGUAUCCCUCAUGCUUGGUGUUAGCGUGACCUUAAAGCGGGAGCCUCAAACCCAAAACAUCAAAAUGGGUUUUCAGUCAGUGGCUCGCAUAAUGUAUCUAUGAACAUUUAAAAAAAAAAAAAAAGAUCAUUAUUAUUUAAUAGUAAUCCCUUCCUCAUCUCCGAGUUUCCUCUUAAGCUUGAACAUUCAAUGUUCCGUUAAAAUCAUUUUAUAUUAACAUUUCCAGGUAUAAUUUGUCAAACAUGUUAAUCAGAAAUGUUCUGGACCAGCUUGUUAAGCAAGAAAAAGAGCUUGCACGUUGGAUUUUUCCUUUAAUGUGUACAUUUCUGAUAUAGACAUCCGGCACUGUCUGCUCAGAUGAUCUGAUCAUUUGUUAUAGUAAUUACAGCUAUUUUUCAAAUAAACCUCACAGAUAGCAGGCUUCACAUGUAUUAACCAGUCGGAGUGGUUGUACUGUAUCUGACCGCCGUUGUAAGUCGCACACAUGUGCUCUCUAUGCUAACCGUCUGAUUGCAGUCAUGCCUUACAUCUGUUGGUCUCUUAAGCACUGAUGAAAAGCUGAUCGGAAAAACAUGAUUUUUAACUCUUCAAACAAACCGAAUCAAUGCCAUUCUCUCAGAGUGUAAGUCAUUAGAAAGCACUUUAAUAUAUAUAUUUUUUUUGUAUUUUUGGUUUCAUGUAAGGGAGUCGAUUAUCAAAAGAUAUAUCUGUAUAUAUA